AUGUCGGCUGCUCCUGCUUUUGCCCUGCGUCCCAACUUUGUAUAUGACAAAGUGAUUAAUUGGUUUCCAGGUCAUAUGGCAAAGGGACUCCGAGUUAUGCGCGAAAAAAUGGCAUCUGUUGAUUUAAUUGUCGAGGCUCGAGAUGCGAGAAUAUCCUAUGAUAAUAUGAAUUAUUGCAUUUUAGAACCUGCGGAUAUGGCCGAUGAAACGAAGGAACAAAUGAUCAUUGAUGCUUUCAAGGAUUUUCGUAACCAGACGGUACUAUUCACCAAUGCUAUUGCGGACAAGAAUGUGAGGAAGAUUAUCGAUUUUGCUGCUGAUAAGACAAAACAAGAUUCCAUGAAAUAUCCCUUUGUGACUGUACUAGUUGUUGGGAUGCCAAAUGUUGGUAAAUCAUCUUUGAUUAAUUCGAUGAGAAGACUUGGGGUCCACAAAGGCAAGGCAGCAAAGACUGGCGCUAUGCCUGGUGUUACGAGAUCAGUUGAAGGGACCAUAAAAGUACUUGAAGACCCAACAGUGUAUCUUAUUGAUACUCCUGGUGUAAUGGUUCCAUAUAUUGCUGAUCCGAUAUCUUCGCUGAAAGUUGCAUUAACAGGCGGCGUGAGGUAUGAUGUAGCAGACAAAGAAGUAAUGGCAGACUAUCUUCUCUGGCGUCUAAAUCACUUUAAUAACUUCAGUUAUGUAGACCUUUUCCGCUUGCCAGAACCAACGGAUGACAUAACCGUUCUUCUUCCAGCAAUAGCCCGUCGCAUUGGUGCACUGCAAAAAGGAAGAGAAUACGAUCUCGACCAGGCCGCUACCUUUUUUCUAAAAUAUUACCGAACCGGAAGAUUUGGUCGAUACACUUUAGACGAUGUGACUCCAGAAAUAUUACAAGAGUAUUUGUUAACACCACGAACGGAUGCAUUGAACAAAGGAAGAGCAGAUGCCGUAGUUGGCUGUUUACUAAAGAUGCGAACUAGAGAUUAA